AUGUCGUCAUUCUUUGAGGAGGUGCCGGACAGCAAAACGCUCUUCAAGGACACUGAGUUCAUCGCCAAUAGUCAUCAUGUGGCAGACCAGUGGGUCCCCAUUCAUGACCUGUAUCCCGAUGGGGCUGAGAAGCCGCUGCUGCCCGAGGUUUUCUCGCGUGAGCAGUUCGGCCAAGGCAACCACUACGAGUGCUUCAUGAUCUCUGCCCUCGCAACGCUUGUGCGCUUCCCUGAUGUGAUCCGCAACUGCUUUGUGACCCAGAAAGUGCGCCAGGAUGGCCGCUACACGUUCCAGUUCUUCCGCGGGCGGGAGUGGGUGAGGGUCGAGAUCGACGACACAAUUCCCUUAGAAGACGAUACAGCGUUGUACAUGCAGUCCCCGACGGAGCACUGGUGGCCGCUGCUGCUGGAGAAGGCGUACGCGAAGUUCUACACCGCCUACGACCAUCUCGAGGGCUGCACACUGCAGGAGACCUUCCACGACCUGACUGGCAACCCGGUGCUGAACAUCCCCAUGGACGCCAAGCUGGCUAAGGCAGCUGAUGUCGAUAUUGGCGAUGGUCAGUACUGGCUGUCGAUGGGUGAGUCCCUGCUACGCGGCGACUACGUUUCGUCUGCCCUGACGAAGGACGCGGAGCUUGAAAGCAUCGGCAUGCAGUCGGAGCAGCAGUACGCCAUUCUGGGGAUCUUUUCCCUCACUGGAUCUUCGGUGUUGGACGACAUUGUGGUGCACCUGCACAACCCCUUCGAGGACGAGGAGUACGAGUACACCGGCCCCUUGAACAAGAGCGACUCCAAGUGGUCCGCGAAGCAGCGACAUCAGUACUCGGUUGACGACCGCCAUUCUAUCUUCAUGCCGCUGAAGAUGUUCCUCAAGUACGUGAACUCGAUCCAGUGUUGCCUCAUGCGCACCGACGAUAAUGGGGUGCAGGCAUAUAGCACCACCUGGAAGGGUGAGUCGGCCGGCGGCAACCCGACCUUUGCCUCAUGGCGCAAGAACCCCCUCUUCCUGGUGCAAAACAGUGGACCAACAGAGAUUAGUGUGGUCGCGAUGAUACAGCAGGAGGAUCAGCGUCGCUUUGCUGACCCGGAUGCCGGAGCAACCUAUGUGCAGUGUGGUCUCGUCAUGGUCAGCUCCACCUACCCGAAUCCGAUCCCCACCUUCUGGGUCACAGGCAACAACCACAAGCCAAUCUUUAAGAGCCUCUUCCUCAACUCGCGUGAGGUGGCCAAUACCAUCACCAUUCCGGCGCACACGACAUGUUAUCUUGUCCCCUCCUGUAUGCACAAGGGCGUCGAAACCAACAUUCAGCUCUCGCUUUAUCGCUUCAAGGAUCAGAAUUACUCUCAGUUUUCAGUGGAGCAGCUGGCCAUUCCGAGCAUGAACUGGUCCAGCCCCGCUACCAAGAAUGUGGAGCUGUGCCAGAAGGAGAAGGACCGGGUCGACUUCUACGUUGAUGAAGCCACCGAUGUACACAUCCUUCUCCACCAAACAAAGCCCUACGUCAGCAAGUCGGGCGGCGACGCCAUGACGGAGGAUUACAUGGGUAUGUACCUCUACGACGACACGGACCGCAGGGGUUGCGGGUGUG